AUGAGUUCCAAAAUUGAAUCUCUGGAAAAAUCCGUAGAACACCUUACUUCUGAAUUUACUGGAAUGAAGAGUACAGUUGAAGACAUGAAGCAACUUUUUACAAAGUGGAUGGAUCAGAAGCACCAAAAUGUUGAUGGAUCUGAGCAUCAAUGCAAAAGAAAAAGGAUUUCAUUAAGAAAUAAGCAGGAAUAUGUUUUAGAAUCAGAAGAGAGCGAUGAUGACGAAAUGGAAACUUCUGAAUCUGAAGUGCAACACCGCCCUCUCGGAUGGGUUGGGAAAGCUGAAAAAUCUUUCAAGGAAAAGCUGUAUGCUAAAACCACUGAGCUUAAAAAGCAAGCAACUCUGAAACAAAAGCUGGAAUUGGAGGUGCAGCAACUGAAAGUUUCAAUAAGCCUGUUGAAAGAGUUUGCAGAUGAAGAUGAGGAGCUUCCAGAGAAGUUAAAUGCUUUGCAGAUGGAAUUAAAGGAAAAAGAUGAGUUACUACAAGACUUAGAUGAAAUGAACCAAACACUAAUUGCUAUGCAACGUAAGAGUAACGACGAGCUGCAGGAUGCUCGAAAAGAAUUUAUUAAGGUCAUUAAAGAAAUUUCAUCCGACGACAAGCAAAUUGGUGUAAAGAGAAUGGGGGAGCUCGACACUAGACCAUUCUUCAAAGUUAUGAUGAAACGAUACAAUGCAGAUGAAGCUGAAGCUCAAAAUCGAGCUGCAAAACUAUGCUCUUCUUGGGAAGACAAUAUAAAGGACCCCAAUUGGCAUCCUUUCAAAAUUAUUUUUGUUGAUGGGCAGGAAAAGCUAGUGAUCGACGAGGACGAUAAAAAAUUGAAGGGGCUGAAAAAAAGCUUUGGUAAAGCGGCAUAUAAUGCUGUGGUGGUAGCUUUGAGAGAAAUAAAUGAAUAUAAUCCUAGUGGGGGAUACCCAACCUUGGAAUUAUGGAACUAUAAAGAGAAACGGAGAGCAACAUUGCAAGAAGGAAUACAGUUUCUCGCCAACAACCAAUCAAAUAAACGCAAGAGGGGAACAAAACCGGCCGGAAAGGGGAACUGA